UCUGUGGCUGUUCCAGUAAUUGUGCGUCAUUGUGUGAGGAGGAAACCCACUGAGAGGCUGUCUGUGCACGUGACUGGCAGGUGAGUGAGGUAGACCUUUGGACCCGGAAAGAGGGAAAGGAGUGAUUCCGUCUACAGAGCGAUGGAGCACAAAGACCUGCAGCAGGAGCUGGAGGAUCAGCUCAGCCACAAGCUUUCCAGACAGCACCUCUUCCAGUCGGACUGGGACGUCAUCUCUUUUGCUGUUUUCUUCAUCUUUGUUGCAAUGGUUCUACUGCUGGUCAUCCUGGUCCUUAUCAGAUGCUGCUGCUGCUGCUGCAGCGACGAGAAGCCUCGCAGAUGGAAGGUGGGCAUAGAGAACCUGGCUCUGGAGCCCUGACCGCCCCGAUGGAGCUGGGACUGUCC